CUCUACCACGGAGGUGUUGGUUUAAACAUGGCGGGAGCUGUGGAGCGGGAGAUGCGGCUCUUCACCCGGGGGCUUUUCGAGCAGAGCCCGGAUCUCAGCGCCCUGUCGCAGUCGGUGGUGCGCGCCAAGUUCCUGGCUCACUGCGGCCGAUCAGCGCUGAGCCCCCCGGAGCGCCAGAUCCUGAAGAAGAUAGUGGAGGAGGAGCUGCUGAGGAUGCAGGAAGAAGCCAGCGACGACGAGCCGCUGAUUAUGAAGGUGCAGAAGAGGGGGCGCACCGACGAGGAGGAGGGGGAGCCCCCGGGGAAGAGGCGCAGGAGGCCAGACGACGAGUCUGAGGAGGAUUCUGGGAUCGAGCAGCGAGACAUCAAGAGACUGUCAGGAAGUUCCCCGGAGGCUCCAGCGUCCAAGAAAGCCCCUGCAAAAACGCAAGAGACGGCCGCCUUUAAGAGGAGGGUAAAGACAACGCCGAAGAGAGGCAAAGAGACCGUCCGCGAGAGCGCAGAGGAAGAUGAUAGUGGAGACGAGAAGAAAGCAGCUGCCAGGAAGCAAAAGAGCGUCUCAGAGUCCAGCAGUGACAGCGAGAUGGAGGUGACAGCCGUGAGACCGCAGGACAUGGACUCUGACAGCGAGGAGCCCACUAAGAAAGAGAGCGUGCGUGACAGCGAGAACAGAACAAAGAAAGCCAGGGCAGCGAAGAGCGCUCCGAAAAAUGAGACAGACAGUGAGAGUGAUUGGGAAGAAUUAGAGCGCAAGAAAAAGGCAGGAAAAGGGAAGAGAGCUGCAAAAACUGAGAGCAGGCCUCGGGUCAAGGGAAAGAGAGCGCAAGGUAAAGACCGUGGGGUGAAAGAGAGCGCAGGAAAGAGAGCGACUAAGAAAUCUACUAAGAGAGACAGUGAUAGUGAGGAGGAGGAGAGCGCAGGAAAGAGAGCGACUAAGAAAUCUACUAAGAGAGACAGUGAGGAGGAAGAGAGCGCAGGAAAGAGAGCGACUAAGAAAUCUACUAAGAGAGACAGUGAUAGUGAGGAGGAAGAGAGCGCAGGAAAGAGAGCGACUAAGAGAGACAGUGAUAGUGAGGAGGAGGAGAGCGCAGGAAAGAGAGCGACUAAGAAAUCUACUAAGAGAGACAGUGAUAGUGAGGAGGAAGAGAGCGCAGGAAAGAGAGCGCCUAAGAAAUCUACUAAGAGAGACAGUGAGGAGGAAGAGAGCGCAGGAAAGAGAGCGACUAAGAAAUCUACUAAGAGAGACAGUGAUAGUGAGGAGGAAGAGAGCGCAGGAAAGAGAGCGACUAAGAGAGACAGUGAGGAGGAAGAGAGCGCAGGAAAGAGAGCGACUAAGAAAUCUACUAAGAGAGACAGUGAGGAGGAAGAGAGCGCAGGAAAGACAGCGACUAAGAAAUCUACUAAGAGAGACAGUGACAGUGAGGAGGAAGAGAGCGCAGGAAAGACAGCGGCUAAAAAAUCUACUAAGAGAGACAGUGAGGAGGAAGAGAGCGCAGAAAAGAGAGCGACUAAGAAAUCUACUAAGAGAGACAGUGAGGAGGAAGAGAGCGCAGGAAAGAGUGCGACUAAGAAAUCUACUAAGAGAGACAGCGACAGUGAGGAGGAAGAGAGCGCAGGAAAGAGAGCUGCUGAUAGUGAGGAGAGUUCAGCAUCAAAUAGAGACGGAGAUAGUGAGGAGGAGAGUGCAGGGAAGAGAGUGUCAAAAAAGGAUAGCGAAGAAGAAAAGAGACAUGCUAGUAAAAAGACAUCGAAGAGUGACAGCGAGAGUGACCUGAACACAGACAGUGAUGAGGAGACGGCAAAGAAGCCCAAGAUGGCAGCCAAUAAAGGUAAAGAGACGGAUGGGAAGGGCAAAAAGAGCGCCAAGGAGGAGAGCGACUCCCAGGACAGCGACGAGGAAGGAGCCAAGAAGAAGGAUGGAGAGAGCGACGACUCCGAGCCCAGCGCCAAAGGGAAGAGCAGCACCAAGCAGAGCACCUCCAAGAUGGAGCACCCCUCCAUCCUCCGCCUCAAGAAGUACAUCCUGACCUGUGGCGCCCGCAGGAACUACAAGAAGCUGCUUCAGGACUGCCGCUCUGUGAAGGCCAUGGCAGAGGUCCUGAAGAAGGAGCUGGAGGACUUGGGGGUGAAAGGGAAGCCGUCCCUGGAGAAAUGCCGAGUGGUGCGGCUGAAGAGGGAGGAGGCGGCGGAGCUGGCGGAGCUAGACACCAGCAACAUCAUCGCGACCGCCGGACGACCUCGACGCUGUAACACCCGGACCCCCUAUAAGCCAUCUCCAACCCGUGAAGCCUCCCCCUACCGGAAAACUAUGGGAUCUGACUCUGAAGGAGAAGAAGGUCCCCCCCGUAAAAAGAGACCAAUGGACUGGUCCAGCUUGAAGGGGAUCAUCAGUGAUGAUGGGGAAAGUGAUUGAAGGGUUAAUCCAUCCGAUCUCUUGUACAUAAAACUGGAGGCGUCUGCGUCCUGUGCCGCGAAAACCAUCCACGGCUGCCCCCCCCCCCCCCCCAUCAAAUAACCAGCUGAGCAUGCUGGGACUUGACGUUCUGACCCAGAAACCACCGAUCUGAACUAUGACUUCACUAGCGGUGGCUGAUGGCAGCGAGGUGCGGGGUUCUCUGUGCCUCAUGCCGUGACUUAUACAACACCUCCCAUCAUGCCCCGAGAGCUGAAGGCUACUAGUGUAUGCUGGGAGUUGUAGUUUUACAAAGCAAAACAUUUUAUCUGGUUCGUGUUUUUUGUAAAUAAACUAGUUUUCUUGUA